CUCUUAUACAGCGCCCAUCUAUCCGCUAUCGUUCAGAGGUCUGGUUAGGAGUCGAGACGCGUGGUUGAAUUAGUGCUUUUAAACAAAAGAUUUACACAUAGAACGAAAACCAUGUCUUACGCAAAGAUUGCCCCGGCUUUUGCUAGAGCCAGUUCCGACAAGUUAUUGCGAAUGAGGUUUGCUCAAGAAAGGCUCCGAUCAACAGUAGCAUCAUCUCAGCGCGAAGAACUGAAACCGGAGGAUUCCGUCGAACAAGCAUGCACUGUGGUCGAGAGACCAGCCGAUAUGGACCUCAUCAGUCAGACCAAAAAUGCAGAUAAUCGCCAGGCAAACAUCUCAAUUGACUUUGAAAAUACUCAAGAAGCAUACAAGAGCAAAAACACUUUAGAACUCAUGAGAAGUUUACUAGUCUUUAAGCUGUGCACAUUUGACUUCCUGGUGGACAAAAAUAAGGAGCUCCUGGACCUCAGCAAGAAAGUUCUUGGCCAACGACUGUUUGAGAAGAUGAUGAAGAUGACUUUCUAUGGCCAGUUUGUGGCGGGGGAAGACCACCAUGCCAUCAAGCCUCUGAUCAGCAAGAACCAGGCUUUUGGGGUUGGCUCAGUACUUGACUACAGUGUGGAGGAGGACCUCACUCAGGAAGAGGCAGUGAAAAAGGAAAUGGAUGCCUGUGUGUCUGCAGCAGAGAAGGAGAGUCCAGCAGCAGCAUCCCCUCUUCACACAGUGACCCUCGACGAUGACUGCAAGGAUCACAGGGAGAAGAAGUACAAAGCUCAUCGCCAGUUUGGGGACCGUCGUGGAGGGGUGAUCAGCGCCCGCACAUACUUCUACGCUGAUGAGGCCAAGUGUGACCAGCACAUGGAGACCUUCCUGAAAUGCAUCAGAGCCUCUGGGGGCGCUGCAGUGGACGGAUUCUCUGCGAUCAAGAUGACCGCCCUCGGCCGUCCACAGUUUCUGCUCCAGUUCUCCGAGGUCCUGGUGAAAUGGCGGCAGUUCUUCAACUUCCUGGCUGCGCAGCAGGGGAAAGACGGCAUGGCAGCCUUGGAGCAGAAACUCGAGCUGGAGCAACUGCAGGACAGUCUGACUAAGCUUGGUGUUGGGACAAAGGCAGACAUUCAGUCUUGGCUGACUGGAGAAAGACUUGGAUCAUCAGGAACCAUUGACCUCCUUGAUUGGAACAGUUUGAUUAAUGACAGGACCCAGAUCUCAAAUCUGCUUGUGGUUCCAAAUGUUGAGAACGGUCACCUGGAGCCCCUGCUGGACAAGUUCACUGAGGAGGAGGAGAAACAGAUGAAGAGGAUGUUGCAGAGGAUGGACGUGCUGGCCAAGCAUGCAGUAGAAAACGGUGUGAGACUCAUGGUGGACGCCGAGCAGACCUAUUUCCAGCCUGCCAUCAGCCGACUGACCCUGGAGAUGCAGAGGAAAUUUAACCGGGAGAUGCCCAUCAUCUUCAACACCUAUCAGUGCUACCUGAAGGAGGCCUAUGAUAACGUAUCGGUGGAUGUGGAGCUGUCUCGCCGUGAGGGCUGGUACUUUGGGGCCAAGCUUGUGCGUGGAGCCUACAUGUACCAGGAGAGGUCCAGAGCUGCUGAGAUUGGCUACGAGGACCCCAUUAACCCAGACUAUGAAGCCACCAAUAGGAUGUACCACAAGUGCUUGGAGUACGUUCUGGAUGAGAUUGAUCUCUACCGGAAUGCCAACGUCAUGGUUGCGUCACACAACGAGGACACCGUGAAGUUUACUCUCGAAAAGAUGAACAAGAUGGGCCUCUCGCCACAGGAAAACAAAGUGUACUUCGGACAGCUGCUGGGGAUGUGUGACCAAGUCAGCUUCCCCCUGGGUCAGGCUGGAUUCCCCGUGUACAAGUAUGUGCCUUACGGACCGGUGAACGAGGUCAUCCCUUACCUGUCGCGCCGCGCCCUGGAGAACCGCGGCUUCAUGAAGGGUUCCCAGCGCGAGCGCAACCUGCUGUGGAAAGAACUCAAGCGCCGAUUGGUCAGCGGUCAGAUCCGCUACCAGCCUACCGCUGCCUGCUGAAGAGGAAACACUGGAGGUGCUCAGAAGGACUUAAGGCGCAAAGCACAGGUGGAGAAGGAGGGACAAUGGAAUGCAGGAAAAAGUGAACGAGUGACACAUUAAGUUGAUGACGCACAAGAAAACAGAGGGAAGAGGAGUAGAGGAAUGGAGGUGUAAAUAACUGCAGUGAUAGACGGGUAGACAGGUAUAGACAGUAGACAGGGUAGGUUGUUUGGACAUGAACUUACAUGCUUUUAUGUCCAUGCGACAGCUGUUAUGAACUGUAAUGAUUUGAAAAACCACAAGUGACCUUACUAGUGUAAACUACUUUUCCUCAUGUGUAUGCACUAGAUCAUGUGUUAUGCUUUAGUGGGUUUCUAAGGGAAUGGACCUGACACAGUCUCCCAAACAUUCCUUAAACAUAACCACAUAAAACAUAAAAAAAAAAAACUUUGCUACUGAAGCAUUCAUUUUUGUACAUAUUACCUUGUGAUCAUUUCAGUGUAGAAUGUGUGUCAUACUUGAUCGCACAUAGAUAUUAUUUUCGAUUGUAUUUAAUAUUUAAAUAAUAGUUUAGCAUUGUUUCUUUGCUGGUUUAACAGGCCAGUGAAUCUGGUACCAUGAAUGUGUGUUAUGGUAUGAUUUUUGCUUUCAUGGGUGUGAAUGGAUCCAUAAAGAAUUAUGGAGCAAACAGCAUAACACACACUAGUACUGUAUAAAAACUGUAAACUGCACAACAUUGAGCUUGUUCCUGGAUUCUUUACUUCGACGUUUGUGUAGUACCAUAGGCUUUAGCCAUUUUAUAAAUCAUGGAAUUUCUGAUUGCUGUUUCUGCUUGUGAAUAUGGCAUCUUAAUGUUAAUUUCCCCUGCUUGUGUUUUUUCUGUACUUGUUGUGAAAGGGCUAUCGUAAUUGACCUUUGAUAGACAGUGUAGUAUCAAAGCAAUUUGCCUGAUUUACAUUUCAUUUUAAAUGUUCUAAGAAAUGUAAGGGUACGGCUGUGCACUGUGUAACAGUUCUAAAGAUAAUUUUGUUGUUGUUUUGCCAAUUGUACAGAAUGCAAAUAAAUUAGAAAUAUUGAAAAU